AUGAGCGUUCGUUCUGCAACUCAUGCUGGUACUUGGUAUACCAAUAGUCCGACAAAAUUAAGAAAGCAACUAGACGAGUUUUUUCAUAAAGCUAAAUUAUUAAAAUCACCCAUUAAUGGAGACGAUGCUAGCAAUGGAGUCGAGGGAGCAAGAAUUCUUAUUGGUCCUCAUGCAGGUUAUGCCUAUUCUGGAGAAAGAUUGGCAGAAACAUUCAAUGCCUGGGAUACUACAAAAGUGAAACGAGUAUUCUUAUUGGGACCUUCCCAUCAUGUGUAUUUCAAAAGUUAUGCAAUGCUUUCCUCGUUUGAUUAUUAUGAAACACCUUUGGGUGAUAUUCCAGUUGAUAAAGAAAUCAUAAAAGAUUUGAUCAAUAAGAAAUGUUCAAGGGGUCCUAUUUUCAAGUAUAUGUCUGAUGAAAUUGACGAGGAUGAACAUUCAUUUGAGAUGCAUGCUCCAUUUAUUCGUUAUAAAGGUGAGUCUUCUCCGCAUGGUGUUCCAAAAAUUAUUCCUAUAUUGAUUAGUGGCAUGGACGAAAAGUUGCAACUGGAUAUUGUUGAUUCUUUGCUCCCUUUUAUGGAUAAUGAAGAGAAUCAUUUUAUAAUAAGUUCUGAUUUUUGUCAUUGGGGUUCAAGAUUUGGAUAUACAAAGUAUUUAUCAUCUAGUGAUGUGACAUUGGAUAAUUUGGAAGACGAAAUAACCUCCUUAGGAAUGUUUCAGCGCACAAAAGGGUUAGAAAUAUACAAAUCGAUUGAAUUAUUGGACAAGUUGGCUCUUGAAAUCGCUUCGACCGGAUCAUCUGCUGCAUGGAAGCAAUAUAUCGAUACUACGGGAAACACUAUAUGUGGCCAAAAGCCAAUUUCAAUAGUUCUUAAGCUAUUAGAAAGAUACCUGAAGUACACUCCUACUGACGGUAAUGUUUUCAAUUGGAUUGGAUAUUCGCAGAGUAACCCAGUUCAUAAAAGCAGUGAAAGUAGUGUUUCAUAUGCUUCAGGGUACGUCAAGCUUUAA